GAGGUACUUCCCCUUAUUGCGCACAGUACAGCUGAAACAGUAGAGGGUAUGAAUUCACUGAACUAAAGUACCCCAAAGGCCAGAAAGGAUAUAAAACAAUCUUAUUAAAAAUUAUACACAAAAAAUUUACCGAAAAAAUUUCGACCGACGUGCCGAAUAAGUUCAGCCAAAAUACUGGAUAUUGGGUGUACGGUAAAUAAACUAUGCGCUACAUGCAUUCGUUUUGCUAACUCUUUGUCGGCUGGUAUUUCCGUGUAUUAGUAUGGGUGAUGAUAAUGUUGAUGAUGAUGCACCAGUAGAAACAUCAUUCAAACAAUUAAAAAAGAAGACGUUAUACCUGUCAGAAAAUCUCAAAAGUGUGUAUCAGGAUGGCAUUCAAUCUCUGAAAAGUAAACAGAAACGAAGGAAUGAUCCAAGAUUUGAUCCUAGAGUUAAUGGUAUUUGUUAUCUGAAUGAUUGGGAAUUUUUGGAAGAUGAAAGAAAACAAACCUUAACAAAGCUUAGAAAAAUGCUACGUGAAAGUGUGGAUGAUAAUGAACGUAAAGAGAUAAUGGAGGCAUUACGUUUAGUGAAGCAGCGUAUAGCAACAGAAAAAGACAGAAAGUUUCGUAAAGACUUUAUGGAUAAAAUUCAGAAAGAACAAAUUGAAAAUUUGGAGGCUGGGAAAUCUGUGCGUUUUGUUCCUCGAGGGACCACUUGUCAUGAAGACUAUUCUUUGUUGAUAUCAUCUUGAGACUGUUUUUAUGCAAGCAGUGAACUUUCAACGAAAAACUUUGAAGCGUGAACUUGUUUCAGUCUAUCUAUGUUGCAUGGGAAUGUAAUAGUUGUAGCUGUUAGCGGGAUAUACAGAUAAGUUUCUUGAUGGUGUAAUCUUGUUACCUCUUUUCACUUUUUAUGUCACUGAUCCAAACGUAUUGUUUUUAAACUGUUAAAGUAGUCUAGCAACGUUUUCCAUCCCUUGGAAUAGAUCCAGAACGGUUAAGUUCUUCUCGAUAAUUCAUUCAAAUUUGUUUUGUUGUGAUGAGAAAUACGUUGAAUGUCUUAAUUACCUUGUUAUUGUUGCAAUUUCUAUUGUGUCCAACUUCUUUUUUUAGCUGAACUUCGUGAACGCGUGAAGAAUGAACGCCUAGAACGAAUGAGUAAACGUCAAAGAGAGCGGUAUUUAAAUAGAAAAAAGAGAAGAUUUAACUCCAGUAAUACGUAGAUGUGACUGAAUUCGCAACAUAUUAAUUUGUAAAAUAACAACUCUUUGUACUGUUUCCUAUAUGAUUUGAGAAAAAAGUUAUUGUGUUCUGUUAAAUUUGUACUUUCUUGAUCCUUUUGGUUCACCUUUGUAUUGCUGUAUAUAAUACACUGAGUAUCUUCCACAAAUUUUUGAUUGAGUAUUUUGAAUUGGUAAUUUGAGUUCAGUGAAGAGGCAUAACAAUUAUUUGGCCUGACAAUUCUGAGGUAAAUACACAAAAUUUAGUUUUCAACCAAAGGUUCCUUGGUGUUCGGACACGACUGUCAAGAAGUGUUCCCUGACGUUAGAGAUCAGGUCCACUUGUAGCUAAUUGUGUCGAGACUAAACACUAUCGUUAAACCAGAUUUUUACCUUACUUCAAGUGUAGGCACCGAUUAGUAACUGUCAGUUAGUAGAACUAGGACAAAGGUGUGAAAUAUGUCGUUCGGUAUAACUAUCAGCAAGAUAAAUGACAUAGUAGAUGCUUGACUUCGUCUGCUACUGGAAACUCGUGAGGUCAGAGUAAACUCUACUCACAGAAGACAACCAAAUGCACAUCAUAUGAACUAGAGCCAUUUACCUAAAAGCGAUGUGCAUCUUUAAUUCUAUCUGCACAAGUGUUUAAGAAAGAUAGACUAUGGCGGAUGGAACGCAUAUCGACUGUGACUUCAUAGAGGAUUUCAUCAGUGAUCAAUCCAGUCUCUUUCACUAUGUAUCAUAGUGAUGACGCGAUAACCUCACGAUAAAAGUUUAAAAUGUCACUGAUGAAAUCCCAUCCUUUCUAGACGAAUAGAAUCUCUCAGGAGCUGGCCAAAUCUCAGCCGGCCACAAAUAAGUAGGAUUUACUAGUACUAUGUUAUAAUCCCAAAGCCUUACUUCAUCAUUGCAUCCACAGAUGAUGCUUGACUGCAUACCUUCAACUUAAAAAGUGAAAGUCAGCAUCUAAUGUCAUGUGAUGAAAGCUAUACGUCAGUAGUUUUCAGUUGUUAUUUACCAUUAUUUUUAUUCCCUUUCGUUUCGAGUGGAACAUAGGGCUUCAACAACACAUCUCCACUUUGUUCUGUUUUCUACCGUCCUUCAGCUGGGCCCACGAUUGACCACUCUCAUCUCUUCCUCACAUGAUCUCCAUGUCACCCUAGGAAUACGCACUCAUCGCUUCCCAUUUGGAUUACACUGAGUGAAGGGCUGACGUGCGAUGUCAUUCGGCGGCCUCCUCAGUGUAUGCCCAAUUCACCUCCAUUUUCUCCUACAUAUUUGUUGAGCGAUCGGCUCUCGCCUGUUGGUUUAUCCCCAGCCAGAGUUUCUUGUUGUUUAUUCUUUCUGGCCAUCUGAUCUUCAGUAUGGAGCGAAGGCAGCUGUUAGUGAAAGUCUGCAACCUGUUUGAAAU